AUGAAGCUACAAGAGAGCGGCUUCCAAGUGCCAUCUUUUCUGCCUCGGUUAUCGUACGAGAAGCAGGACACCUUACUUAAACUUCUCAUAUUGUCCAUUUGUGCUGUUUUGUCAUUCUCCACAAGGUUGUUCUCUGUGUUGCGGUUUGAAAGUGUUAUUCACGAAUUUGAUCCUUAUUUUAAUUAUAGAACCACACGGUUUUUAGCUGAGGAAGGAUUUUACAAAUUUCACAACUGGUUUGAUGACAGAGCAUGGUAUCCACUGGGUAGAAUAAUUGGUGGCACUAUAUAUCCAGGGCUCAUGGUAACAUCGGCCGUCUUGUAUCACUUCAUGAAUUUCUUUCAUGUCACAAUUGACAUCAGAAAUGUUUGUGUUUUUCUGGCUCCUUUGUUUUCUUCAUUGACCACCCUGGUCACUUAUCAUUUGACUAAAGAACUCAAGGAUGCUGGGGCAGGAUUAGUAGCAGCAGCUAUGAUCUCCAUUGUUCCAGGUUACAUUUCUCGAUCAGUUGCUGGGUCAUAUGAUAAUGAAGGUAUUGCCAUCUUUUGCAUGCUGCUUACUUAUGCAUUGUGGAUUAAGUCUGUGAAGACUGGCUCACUGUUCUGGUCAACCAUGUGUGCUUUGGCUUACUUCUACAUGGUUUCCUCUUGGGGCGGCUAUGUGUUUCUUAUCAACUUGAUUCCUCUCCAUGUUUUGGCUCUGAUGAUCACUGGCAGGUUUUCACACAGGAUCUAUGUUGCUUACUGUGCAGUUUACUGUUUGGGAACCAUUUUGUCCAUGCAGAUCUCAUUUGUUGGAUUUCAGCCUGUACAAUCCAGUGAGCACAUGGCGGCCUUUGGUGUGUUUGGUCUGUGCCAGAUCCAUGCCUUUGUGGACUAUGUUCGUGCACGUAUGCCUAAAGAACACUUUCAACUGUUGUUCAAGAGUGUUGUGCUUGUUGCAGCAGUCGGUGUCUCAACUGUUGGUGGCAUACUCACUUUCACUGGUAAAAUCUCUCCCUGGACUGGCAGGUUUUACUCCUUGUUGGAUCCAUCUUAUGCAAAGAACAACAUUCCCAUCAUUGCCUCAGUUUCUGAACAUCAACCUACAACAUGGUCAUCAUUUUACUUUGAUUUGCAACUCAUGGUGUUCAUGUUUCCUGUUGGACUCUACUAUUGCUUCUUCAAACUCACUGAUGCCAACAUCUUUAUCAUAAUGUAUGGAGUUACAAGCAUCUACUUUGCCGGAGUUAUGGUUCGUCUAAUGUUGGUGUUGGCUCCAGUAGCUUGCAUUCUCUCAGGAAUUAGUGUAUCUACAAUCCUCACAACAUACAUGAAGAAUUUAGAUGUUUCCCGCCGUGACCGUAAAACUGCAAAGAAAACCGACCCAACAUAUCCAAUCAAGAAUGAAGUGGCUACAGCAAUGGUGGGCCUCAUGUCUUUACUACUCAUCACCUACACAUUCCAUUGUACUUGGGUCACAUCAGAAGCUUAUUCUUCACCAUCAAUUGUACUCUCAGCCAAACAACAUGACGGCUCCCGAGUUAUCUUUGAUGACUUCCGAGAGGCUUACUACUGGCUCAGACAAAACACUCCAGAGGAUUCUAAGGUGAUGUCUUGGUGGGAUUACGGUUAUCAGAUCACUGCUAUGGCCAAUAGAACUAUAUUAGUAGACAAUAAUACAUGGAACAACACACACAUCUCCAGGGUGGGGCAGGCCAUGGCAUCAAGUGAGGACAGAGCAUAUGAGAUCAUGAGAGAACUGGAUGUGAAUUAUGUGUUGGUUAUUUUUGGUGGUUUGACUGGAUAUGCAUCAGAUGAUAUCAACAAGUUCCUGUGGAUGGUCCGUAUUGGAGGCAGCACUGAGAAAGGUCAGCACAUCAAGGAACAUGAUUACUAUACACCUGCUGGAGAGUUCCGUAUUGACAGGGGUGGUUCCCAGGUCUUGCUCAACUGUCUUAUGUACAAGAUGUGUUACUACCGGUUUGGUUCUGUUUACACGGAGCAGGGAAAACCCACUGGUUACGAUCGUGUGCGUAAUGCGGAGAUCGGAAACAAGGAAUUCGAGCUGGAUGUGUUAGAGGAAGCUUACACCACUGAACACUGGCUUGUUAGAAUCUACAAAGUAAAAGAUCUUGAAAACAGAGGUUCUUAGAAUUCACAAGCUCACGUUUUUUAAAUCCAAGUAUUGCAUUAGAUACUAAUGCCCAUGUAUGUCAAGGUUGUUAGUUGUUAGACAAUUUCAAGCAACAAGUGAAUAAAAUUACAAUUCCAAGUUUCA